AUGGCUGUCGAGAAACCAGUCCUGUCUUCCUUGGGUAUCCCCAACGGAAACAAGAGCAAAGACGCCAUGCCCGACAGCAGCAAGGUCGUCAGUCCGACAGACAGCGAGAACGCCGAGAAGAACAUGGCUGCACUCGAGGCGACCAUGAACGGCAAACUCCAGAUUCACACAGAUCCAGCAUUGGAAAAGAGUCAACCACAGGAUUUCAGCUCGGAUCCGCUCUCUGCGACUGCUCUUACCUCCCCCCUUCACAGCAUCAACUGGGAUGCUGUCCGCAAUGGCGGCAUCAAUGGGAUUGCUAACGGCGAUUCUUCCAUAACCUCGUCCAGCUCCUCAUGGGAGUCGUUCAAGCGAACCGGACCACGAUACCCUCCUUCUCUCGAGAAGCUGAUUUUCGACUACCACCACAAGCAUGGCAAAUCCUGGCAGCUAGCUCACGACGCUGGUUCCGGGUCUGGCGUGUACUCGCCGGUGCUUGCUCGCUACUUCCGCCAUGUCCACGUCUCCGACCCAAGCGAUGUUGGUCUCGCAACCUCUCGGCAAGCACUCAGUAAAUGGGUGAGUGAGAACAAAAAGAGCAGGGGACGGUUCACCUUCUCGAACAGCAAGGUUGAGCAAGGCCAUGAGUCGGUCGCGGACAAGACAGUCGACAUGGUGGUUAUGAUGGAGGGCGCCCACUUCACCAACCCUGAGGUGAUGGUAAGGAGUGCAGCACAGACGCUCACCUCCAAUGGCACACUUGCCCUCGUCAGCUACAGUCCUAUUUGCCGCGUGGUCGGCAACCCGGGAGCCAACGAGGCCGUUCAGCGCCUGCACGCAGCUUGGGGCUCACAGCCGUGGGACGUGGUCUGCGGCGACGCCCGCGGCAAGAAGAACUUCAGCCAGGGCUUGGACUUCGUCCCCCUCCCCGACGACAUCUUCGACCAGUCUAAAACCCGCCGCCUCACCAUCAACACCGCCGGCAAAGGCAGCGAAGCCUUCAACGGCCUCGUUCCCGGCGUCACAGCCGACGCAAGCGACAACAAAGUCCGCGUCAAUGGGGAGCGCAGACACGACUUCAGCUCCGAGAACGACGCCGACCAGGCUAAGGGCUGGCGACAGGAGGUUGGACCAGAGUUCUUCCGUAGUUUGACGGCUGCGAUGUUUGGUCCGGGCCAGGUGUCGAAGUUUGAGAAGCACUUUCAGGAGAUCCAGGAGAUCGUGCAUAAAACGGGACAGGAUGGGUUUAUCGUUACAGUGGAGUGGACGGUGGCUGUUGUGUUGGCGACAAGGAAGUAG